GGCCGGCCGCCCGGAAUCUCCCUUUACCUGCCUCUCCCAGGAGGGGCUCUCAAAACCGAGACUGGGGACCGUGGGCGGUGACAGACUCUUGUGCUUGGGGAAGGUCCCUUGAAUACGGGCUCCUGAGGAGAUGAGGCCACCAAGGAGAGACUCUUCAGCUAGGACAGGAAAGCUCCUAUAUGCAGUUGCAGUUCCGGAGUCCUGAGCCAGAGCUCCAUGAAGGGUUCUGCAGCAGUUCUCUGAGAUGCCUCUGCUGUCGAAGAAGCCCUGGGAGUCCAAGGCCAAGGGGCUGGUGCUGGGCGCUCUCUUUACCAGCUUCCUGUUGCUGCUCUACUCCUAUGUGGUACCGCCUCUCCACCCCAACGUGGCCUUCACGACCUCGGAGCCCGCAGCGCCCUGCUCCCCUGCUCCCAGUGAGUCAGAGGUGGUCACUCCCGGCAACGGCUCUGCUGGAAGGUGCCAACCUCGGCAAGACAUCGUGUUCAUGAAGACACACAAGACCGCCAGCAGCACGCUGCUCAACAUCCUCUUCCGCUUCGGCCAGAAGCAUGGGCUCAAGUUCGCCUUCCCCAGUGGCCGCAACGACUUCCACUACCCGUCCUACUUCACACGCAGCCUGGUGCAGGACUACCGACCCGGGGCCUGCUUCAACAUCAUCUGCAACCACAUGCGCUUCCACUACGAAGAGGUGCGCGGGCUGGUGCGGCCCGGCGCUGCCUUCAUCACCGUCAUCCGCGACCCUGCGCGUCUCUUCGAGUCUUCCUUCCAUUAUUUUGGGUCCCUGGUGCCGCUCACCUGGAAGCUGUCGAGCCACGACAAGCUGGCAGAGUUCCUGCAGGACCCCGAUCGCUACUACGACCCGAGCGGCUACAACGCGCACUACCUCCGCAACCUACUCUUCUUCGACCUAGGCUACGACAGCGGCCUGGACCCGGGCAGCCCGCGCGUGCAGGAGCACAUCCUGGAGGUGGAGCGCCGCUUCCACCUGGUGCUGCUGCAGGAGUACUUCGACGAGUCCCUGGUGCUGCUCCGGGAGCUGCUUUGCUGGGACCUGGAGGACGUGCUGUACUUCAAGCUCAACGCGCGGCGCGACUCGCCGGUGCCGCGGCUCUCGGGCGAGCUGUACCGCCGUGCCACCGCCUGGAACCUGCUGGAUGUGCACCUCUACCGCCACUUCAAUGCCAGCUUCUGGCGAAAGGUGGAGGCCUUCGGGCGCGAGCGCAUGGUGCGCGAGGUGGCCGAGCUACGCCAAGCCAACGAGCGCAUGCGCCGCAUCUGCAUCGAGGGCGGCCAAGCGGUGGAUGCCGAGGCCAUCCAGGACUCGGCUAUGCAGCCCUGGCAGCCCCUGGGCGUCAAGUCCAUCCUAGGUUACAACCUCAAGAAGAGCAUCGGGCCGCAUCACGAGCAGCUCUGCCGGCGCAUGCUCACGCCCGAGAUCCAGUACCUGUCCGACCUCGGCGCCAAUCUCUGGGUCACCAAGCUCUGGAAGUCCCUUAGGGACUUCUUAAGGUGGUGACAUACCCUGCCCACUUUCCGGUCUGGCUCCCUGCUGCAGAAGAGCUGGCCAGGGUGCCUCUGGCCCCUAGCCUUCCCCAGUCAUGCCUGGUGCCACCCUGGGGUCCCCUGGGGUUAUUAGCUGGCCGGGACUAGUCUCUCUGCACAAAAGAGAGAGCCUAACCGAGAAGUAUUUGACUAAUUAUGUAAUUUUGUAUUAAAUCUCCUUUAUUUCCAGACCUCUCUUACAAGGGGAGACUCAGAAAUAAAGGAAUUUUAUGUG